AAUUGUUUAAGUGGGAGCUAAAUUUAUCAAAAUUUUCUUUUUAACUCAUCAUUAAACAAACAAAAUUAAAAGAUCCAUGCAUUCCAUAUCAGACCUCGGUUAAAAACACUGCUUGCCUCUGCAACUCUCUCUCUCUCUCUCUCUCACUUCUCCGAUAUCAAAAGAUUCAAAAAAGAAAAAAAAAAUGCGAGCUAAGCAAAUACCAUCGUCCUUGACGAGAUCCAAAUCUCAAAUUCUCCUUCUGUUCUUCCCCCUCUCACUCAUCCUUCUUUCUUUCCUCUUCUUACUCUUUCCUCCCUCUGACCCCGCUGCAUCCUCCACCACCCAUCCCUACCCUCACCCCCUCAUCCCACCCCAAACCUCCUUCGUCGCUUCCCUCGAACACUUCCUUACUCACAAGGCUCUCAACCACCGCUCUUCCGACGACACCGUGCGUUCGCUGCUCCAAGAUGACGUAAGGAUGUUCGACGACCGAAAGUUCGCCAAGGAAAUGGACUGGGUGCAUGGAGAUCCGUACUACCCGCUGAAUUUCCCGAUUAGGGUUUACGUUUACCAAAUGCCCAACAAGUUCACCUACAAUUUACUUUGGUUGUUUCGGAAUACUUACCGAGAAACCUCUAAUCUAACCUCCAACGGCAGUCCUGUUCACCGUUUAAUCGAACAACAUUCUAUUGAUUAUUGGCUAUGGGCGGAUUUGAUUGCGCCGGAAUCCGAAAGGCUUUUGAAAAAUGUUGUCAGAGUUCAUAGGCAGGAAGAGGCAGAUUUAUUUUACGUGCCGUUCUUCACCACAAUUAGCUUUUUCUUGUUGGAGAAGCAACAAUGCAAGGCGUUAUAUAGGGAAGCCUUGAAAUGGGUAACAGAUCAGCCUGCAUGGAAACGAUCUGAAGGAAGGGAUCAUAUAUUUCCCAUUCAUCAUCCAUGGUCCUUUAAGUCGGUUCGCAGAUAUGUAAAAAAUUCAAUUUGGCUUCUACCAGAUAUGGAUUCCACAGGGAAUUGGUACAAGCCAGGGCAAGUAUCACUGGAGAAGGACCUCAUUCUCCCAUAUGUUCCUAAUGUUGAUUUAUGUGAUGCAAAAUGUGUGUCAGAAAGUGAAUCAAAGAGAACCAUACUGCUUUUCUUCCGUGGCCGACUUAAGAGAAAUGCUGGAGGAAAAAUACGUUCUAAACUUGUAACAGAACUAGCAGGUGCCAAGGACGUAGUGAUAGAGGAGGGAACAUCUGGGGAUCAAGGGAAAGCUGCUGCACAAAAGGGGAUGCGCAGGUCUAUAUUUUGUUUAAGUCCAGCUGGUGACACUCCUUCCUCUGCUAGAUUGUUUGAUGCUAUUGUUAGUGGGUGUAUACCUGUUAUUAUUAGUGAUGAAUUGGAACUUCCUUUUGAAGGAAUACUAGAUUAUAGAAAGAUAGCUAUAUUUGUUUCUUCGGCUGAUGCUGUGCAACCUGGUUGGCUUCUGCCAUUUUUAAAAGGCAUUAGCUCUACUCAGAUCAGAGAAAUGAGGAAGAACCUUGUGGAGUUCUCAAGGCAUUUCAUGUAUUCUAGUCCUGCUCAACCCUUGGGUCCAGAAGAUCUGGUUUGGAGAUUGAUGGGUGGUAAGUUGGUGAACAUCAAGCUUCAUACUCGGAGAUCGCAGCGCGUGGUUAAAGAAUCAAGAAGUGUCUGUACCUGUGAUUGCAGGUCUGGCAACAAUACCGCAUCCAGUACUUUAUCUGGUCAGUCUCUCUCCGGUUGAAGGUGCCGUGUAUGAAUCAUUAUACAUAGACAGCUUCUUGUUUCCUAGUUGAUAUUAGAUUGAUUUGGGGGGCGGUGCAAGCAUUCUUAUUUUUAUGACGUGCUUCUUUUAAUUAGAUAUGCCCACUUGAAGCAUCCGUGUAAAUCUGUUCGAUAUGUGGAUGGUUUGGACACCUGGUUGGGUCUUAGUUCCAACAGUCAACUUGAGUUACAAUUAUUAAAAUUUAUAUUUGUAUAUUAUUAUCAUUGGGUACUAUAUCUUUUAAUAUAGGCAGGGUUGGAUUAUGUAGUUAUGGAGGAAUUAGAUAAAAUUGAAGGUAUAUUUGUAGACUAGUGUGGGUUAUAUUUGAAUUGGGUUGAACCUAAA